AUGAAAUUAGUUAAUGAGGAGGGAAAAGAGCUGCAGAUUCCAAAAAGAAGGAACUACGCUGCUUCUGAAAGAAGCUUUGCCCCUUCAGAGAGGAGCUAUGCUCCAUCAGAAAAAUGUUCAGUGAGGACAAACGUGUCAAAGAAAGAGGAUGCCCGAGAUGUGUUAGACAAAAAGAGGAAAGGUGAAGACAAAGAGAACAUGCAACCUAAAACAAAGAAAGUAAAGAAAAUUGAGACCAGGGAGGAAAAGUUGGAAAAGAUAAAAUCUGUCCUUAAGGAUCUCUCCAGUGAGAUCGGAGAAGACCUUAGUGUUAGUGUGGAGACUGGAGAUGCAAACACUCCAGAGAUUGAGUUGACCGUCACAGAGAAGGAGGUGAAGACAUUAGAAAAAUCAGAAGGGAAGGCAUCAGUGAAGAACUCUAGUUCUAGUUCAUCAUCAUCCUCAUCUAGUUCCUCAUCCUCAUCCUCAUCGUCACCAGUAAAAUCAAAAACAGAAAGGGAACCAGCAGUUGAAACGACAGAAGAUAGUUCAGUGAGGAGCGUCGUUUUGACACCAAACACUGAGGCAAUCGACGCCUACCUCCAAGAAUUACAAGAAUGCCAAGAGAACAUGCUCAUUUUAAAUGUAGGAGGCACUAAAUUUGAAACCAGCAAGCCAACUAUGAGAGCUGAUCCAUCAUCAAUAUUCGCUCUUAUGCUUAAUCCCAAUAGUGCUUUUCGCCCUUGCAAAAAUGUCUAUAGUUUUGACAGGGAUCCAGCCCAUUUCAAGAUCAUCCUCAACUAUCUAAGGAACAAUUGUAUCGUAGAGAAAAGAUACCUCCCAAGAGAACACCACUAUCUUAAUGAGCUUGCACAAGAAGCUAAGUUUUAUAAACUGUUUGGACUAAAAGCUAUUGUAGAGGAAAGGUUAAAUGACCUUUGUGCUUGUCGGUUUACUACCUGUUAA